CUUUAGGUCUCUCCUCCGAAAAAACAGGGGAAGGGAAGAACGUCGCAUCCUGACUUUCUUACCAAUCGUUAGGAUCAGAGCUUUUGAGACUUUGGUGCUGCUAAAUGGCAGCUCUUUCAGCGGUUCUGUCUCUUGGUUUCGUAACUCUUCGCCCUUCACGCCUUUCCUUCUCCUCUUUCAACCCGCUCCGGCAACAUACAUCACUUCUCCGAUGCCAAAGUCUUGUCCUUUCGAGGUCUCCGCUUAACAGGGUUCUUCAGGCUUGUCUUCAAUCCAAUAAUGCAAAUGCUGGUGAUGCUCCGGUUACAUCAAAUGGAGACCAUUCUGAGAUUGUGUUUAUGGGUACUGGAACUAGUGAAGGCAUCCCUCGUGUUAGCUGUCUCACUAAUCCUCUCAAAACAUGUUCGGUAUGUAAAAAAGCAACAGAACCUGGAAACAAGAACAGGAGACUUAACACUAGCAUUCUUGUUCGGUACACUAGACCAUCUGGAACAAGUAACAUCCUCAUUGAUUGUGGCAAGUUCUUCUACCAUAGUGCACUUAAAUGGUUUCCCACCUUCGGGCUAAGAACACUUGAUGCGGUUGUAAUUACUCAUUCUCAUGCUGAUGCAAUUGGAGGUCUUGACGAUCUCCGUGAUUGGACAAACAAUGUCCAACCUCAUAUUCCAAUUUACACUGCUAUGCGUGAUUUUGAGGUGAUGAAGAAGACUCAUUAUUACUUGGUUGAUACGAGUGUGAUCAUACCAGGCGCUGCAGUCUCAGAGUUGGAGUUUAAAAUCAUUCACGAGGAUCAGCCAUUCAUAGUAAAAGAUCUAAAGAUAAUCCCAUUACCAGUGUGGCAUGGAAGUAAUUACCGUUCCCUUGGUUUCCGGUUUGGUGACGUCUGCUACUUAAGUGAUGUGAGUGACAUACCUGAAGAAACUUACCCGCUUCUUAAAGACUGUGAUCUCCUAAUUAUGGAUGCUCUGAGGCCUGAUCGUUCUUCAGCAACACACUUUGGCCUCCCAAGGGCGUUAGAGGAAGUUCGGAAAAUCAAACCAAAAAGAACACUUUUCACCGGAAUGAUGCAUUUGAUGGACCAUGAGAAAGUGAGUGAAGAGCUAGAGAAACUCAUGGACACAGAAGGCCUUGAUGUCAAGUUAAGCUAUGAUGGUCUUCGUGUACCAAUCUCGAUUUGACUCGGUUUAUUAGUAUUUUUCCUGGUAUAACCAGUUCAUACCGCAAAUAAAAUAUUUAAUUGCUUGUACCUGUCUUGUAUUCUGUACGCAAGUCACCCAAUAGA